AUGCCGAUGACCGCGCUCAUGUGGAAGGUGCAACAGGUGCUGUGCGUCCUGCUGCCGUGCGCUCUCCAACUCUGCAGCGCUCAGACAGAAAGAGUAGUUUGUUUCGGCACACAAAAUGUUCUGAGCACGACGGGAAAUUCAGAUAUCCAGUACACCAUGAUGACAGAGAUUUACACCGACUGUGAGAUUGUUAUGGGCAACCUUGAGAUUACCAUGAUGGACCACACCAGAAACUUCUCCUUCCUGAAGUCUAUCAGGGAGGUGACAGGUUACAUCCUGUUUGCCGUCAACGAGUUCAGCCGCCUGCCUCUGGACAACCUGCGCGUCAUCAGAGGCACCACACUGUAUGAAGAUCAGUACGCCUUGGCUGUGAUGGUCAACUAUCAGAAGGAUGGGCAGCAUGGCCUCCAAGAGCUGGGCCUGAAAAACCUCACAGAGAUACUGGAGGGAGGAGUCAAGAUCAUCCAGAAUAAGUACCUGAGCUACGGCCCGCAGGUGAAGUGGAUUGACAUAGUGAAGGAUGGAACAGCACCUAUCAUGAUAAAGGACAAUGGGCCUGAAAAGCCUUGUAGCGAAGCAUGUGAAGGAGAGCCAUGUUGGGGUCCUGGAAAUGACACAUGCCAGACCUUGACAAAGACCAUAUGCGCCCCUCAGUGUAACGGCCGAUGCUUUGGUAGAACACCGGGCGAGUGUUGUCACAACGAGUGUGCUGGAGGCUGCACUGGAAAUCUGGAUACAAACUGCUUUGCUUGCAGGAACUUCAACAACUCAGGCUCUUGCUUGCCUCAGUGUCCCCAGACUCUGAUCUACAACAAGCACACAUUCAAACUGGAGCCUAACCCUAAUGCAAAAUACCAGUUUGGCUCCAUCUGUGUGGCCCAGUGUCCCACAAAUUUUGUGGUGGAUGGCAGCUCAUGCGUGAGCAAUUGUCCUCCUAAUAAGAUGGAAGUGGAGAAAAAUGGAACAAAAAGAUGCAAGCCCUGUGGAGGCCUCUGUCCAAAAGCUUGUCUUGGCACAGGAAGUCCAAACCGACAGACUGUUGAUGCUCUUAACAUCGACAGUUUUAUAAACUGCACUAAGAUCCAGGGCAGUCUUCACUUCCUGGUGACUGGGAUCAAAGGUGAUGCAUACAAUGGCGUACCAGCCCUCGAUCCAGAGAAACUGAAAAUCUUCAACACUGUGCGGGAGAUUACAGAUAUCCUCAGUAUCCAGUCGUGGCCUGAAAACAUGUCCGACCUGUCAGUCUUCUCCAACCUCCAAACAAUACAAGGCAGAACACUUUACAGAGGAGUGAGCUCAAGAAGGGGCUACUCCCUGCUGGUGAUGAAGAUCCCUUCUUUGACCUCACUGGGGUUACGCUCUCUGCGACGGAUAAACGACGGUGGUGUCUACAUCACAGGAAACAAGAAGCUCUGCUAUUACAACACUGUCAACUGGGCACCCAUCUUAACCAGCAGCUCCCGUCCACAGCGCCCCAAACGCCAGAAGCACACUGAUGUCAAAGAGAACCGACCGAAAGAUCAGUGUGUUGCUGAAGGACACGUGUGUGAUCCCCUGUGCUCCUCUGAUGGCUGCUGGGGUCCAGGGCCAGACCAGUGUGUGUCCUGCAAGAAAUACAGCAGAGGAGGAACUUGCGUGCCAGACUGCAUGUUCUUAACUGGGGAGAGGCGGGAGUUUGCUACUGCGUCAGGCGAGUGUAUGCCCUGUGACUCUGAGUGUAAGGUCCAGGAGGGGAAGGAGACCUGCACAGGCCCAGGGGCAGAUCAGUGUGUAGCAUGUGCCAGUCUGCAGGAUGGUCCGCACUGCGUGUCUUUGUGUCCAGAGGGUGUGAUGGGAGGGGAGGAGGUCAUCUUUAAAUACGCCAACAAACAAGGCCGCUGUGAAUCGUGCCACCUUAAUUGUACCCAAGGGUGCUUGGGCCCAGGAAUCAGGGACUGUGUGGGGGCUGCCCGAUACAUGUCUGGACAAGCAACCACCGCCAUCGUACUGGGAGUGAUUGCUCUUCUAUUUGCUUGUUUCUCUAUUUUCGUGCUGAGUGUUCUCUACCGCCGAGGUCUUGCCAUCCGGCGCAAGCGAGCUAUGAGAAGAUAUAUGGAGAGUGGGGAGAGUUUUGAGCCUCUGGAUCCUGGAGAGAAAGGGCCCAAAGUCCAUGCUCGGAUCCUAAAGCCCACAGACCUGCGUAAGAUCAAACUGCUGGGUAAUGGAGUGUUUGGAUCAGUCCAUAAGGGCAUUUGGAUUCCUGAAGGUGAUACAGUAAAGCUUCCUGUUGCCAUAAAGACAAUUAAUGAUCGCACUGGCCGGCAGACCUUCCACGAGCUGACAGAUCACAUGAUGACAAUGGGAAGCUUGGACCACAUUAAUGUUGUCAGGAUCCUGGGUAUUUGUCCCGGUGCCAGUCUGCAACUUGUCACCCAGCUCAGCAGCCAGGGCUCCCUGCUAGAUCACGUCAGGAACCACAAGAACAAGCUCAAUCCACAGAGGCUGCUCAACUGGUGUGUUCAAAUUGCAAAGGGUAUGUAUUACCUGGAGGAGAACAGGAUGGUCCACAGGAACCUGGCCGCCAGAAAUGUGCUCCUGAAGGAUAAUUACACCGUCCAUAUCUCAGACUACGGCGUUGCAGACCUGCUUUACCCUGAUGACAAAAAAUACUUUUACAAUGAGGUCAAGACACCAAUCAAGUGGAUGGCCUUGGAGAGCAUUUUGUUUCGCAGAUACACACACCAGAGCGAUGUCUGGAGCUAUGGCGUGACAAUAUGGGAGAUGAUGUCUUAUGGGGCCGAGCCAUACACAACGAUGCGUCCACAGGAAGUUCCUGAUCUGCUGGAAAAGGGGGAGCGUUUGUCCCAGCCUCAAAUUUGCACCAUUGAUGUUUACAUGGUUAUGGUCAAGUGUUGGAUGAUUGACGAGAAUGUCCGCCCAACAUUCAAAGAGCUCGCCAAUGAGUUCACCAGAAUGGCCAGAGAUCCGCCUCGCUACCUGGUGAUAAAAGAGGACUGCAGCCAACAAGACGCUGCAGAUGAAGUUGCCCAGCGGAGUGCAGACCUGGAUGACCUGGAUGAUUUAAACAAUGAACUGGACGACAAGGGGGAGGAAGGGGUGUUGGAUGGCAUGCUUCCAGCCCCCCACUACCAGACUCAGCCCAGGAGCCUCAGUCGCCUCUCCAGGCUGGACACUCACAGAGUGGUCCUGAAUGCACCUAGCGGGGCUGAAUACCUGCCUAUGACGCCAGGUUUUGACAACCCAGGACAGGUAACCAUGUGGCAGUCACGCUCUCGACUGAACUCUGCCCGCACUAUGUCUGAGAGCUCGGAGGGAUGUGGUAUGGCAGUUGAACUGGAGAUGAGUGAGGACUUCUCUCUGGCAGGGAGCCUGAAACGAAGACGGCAUCGCGAGGACAGCGCCUACGUGUCACAGAGAGAUAGCAUGUCUUGUGGGCCACCAGAGACACCGUCCCCAGAGAUAGAGGAGGAAGACCAAAAUGGAUAUGUGCUUCCCGGAGACAGCCCAGAGAGAGAAACUUUACUUUCCUCAUCUCGAGCCACUCAUGGCAGGAUGAGCAAGUCUCAUUCGUCAGGCCUCUUGGAUGACCCAGAUGAUGAAAAUUAUGAGUACAUGAACAAGCAGACGUGUGUAACACCUGUCUCACUGAGGCACAACCGCCAUUCCAAACAUAACACCCACCGGAUGAAGAUGAACAAGAAACAAACCUCCUCCUUAUCGUCCGUUGAAGUUACACCAUAUGUGGAAGUCAAGGAAGGGCACACAAGGAACAAUCACAGCUCAGAUUCAGAGCAGCAGGGAUCUCAAGCAGUCGAAUAUGAAUACAUGGACAUCAGGGUGAGUGAUAAAGAGGAAAGCCCUACAGAACAUGACGACCCUCCACCCCCGCCCCCUCCUCCAACACAAACAGGGAUGGGAGAGGAGGUGGAGCAUGAGGAAGAGGAUGAGUAUGUGGAGGCAGAGGACAGUAACUAUCAUUACACAAACAGACAACCAAAGCUACGACAGGCUCUUCAAGACAAGAAGGAGCUGAAGAUGCAGGGAAAGGACGAGGGCGAGGCGUAUGAGUACGAGGACAUGGACUGCUUUGCUUCCGUGCGGCCUGGAGAUGAAGUGGUGUAUCAGAAUAUGCGAAGGCGAGUGGAAGGAGCAGCGGGGGGCUCAGAGGCACACACAUCUGCGUUUGAGCCCUAUGUAAAAGUGCGAGCUGGAGUUGGGGUCGGGGAACCUGCAGCUGUUGACAGAUCCUUUGACAAUCCAGACUACUGGCACAGCAGGAUGUUUAUGAAGCCCAAUGCGGUUCCCACAUGAAGAACACUUGAAAUCUCACAAACUCUGACUUGUAUUCAUGAAGGACCUGAAACAGGAAAUGCAAUCAAAAAGCCAUGGU